UUCAAAUGCUGCACUUCAGCUAGCCAUCUUGCAAGAGACUGUAAAGUAAAAGUAAAGUGUGCGGAGUGUGACAGCGACAGACAUCAUGCUGCUAUGCAUCCAGGUCCACCACCUCAAGUCUUCAGAAGGCCUACACCCCCAUCAGACAAUGGCGGGGAGGAAGAGGAACACAGCAGCGACAGCACAGCCAUCAGCUCACACUGUACCCAGGUGUGUGGCCCAGGUCGAACAGCAAGAUCCUGUGCGAAGAUUUGUCUGGCCCGAGUAUAUCCACAAGGUCAACAUGAGAAGGCAGCCAACAUGUACGUGAUUUUGGAUGAUCAAAGUAACCGUUCACUUGUGCGAUCAGACUUCUUCCAGCUUUUCAACAUCAAGAGCCAACCAUUCCCCUACUCACUCAAGACCUGUGCUGGGCUAGUUGAGACGUCAGGCAGAAAGGCAGAGGGCUUUCAGGUCGAAUCACUCGAUGGGCAGACCAGCCUACAACUACCAUCACUAAUUGAGUGUAAUGACAUACUCAUCGACCGCUCCGAAAUACCGACCCCUGACGCAGCCUGUCACCAUCCACACCUGCGAAGUGUAGCGCCGCACUUACCUGAGCUCGAUCCCAAGGCGGAGAUCCUCAUCUUGCUAGGCAGAGACAUUGUGAGGGUUCAUAAAGUCCGGCAGCAAGUGAGUGGGCCUCACAAUGCCCCCUUCGCACGAAGACUUGAUUUGGGAUGGGUUAUAGUAGGAGACGUGUGCCUAGGGAACGCACAUAGGCCGGCUGUGGGCACAUUCAAGACAAAUGUGCUCGAGAUUGGCCGACCCACCUUUCUCAAACCUUGCAAAGGCUUCAUGAAGCUGACUGGGGAUAUGUCCCAGGGAGGGGCGCAGAAGAUUGGGGUUACCCCACCGCACGGAGACUUCACAGACAAGGAUCUUCUCAGCAGACAAUGGAGACAAGUCCAAGCCCUUGCCGACAGAUUCUGGCGUCGCUGGCAUCAGGAGUUCCUUCCCACUCUGCAAGCCCGCCGGAAAUGGAGAGAUUCCCACCGGGACCUGAAAGAAGGGGACAUUGUGCUCCUGAAGGACAAUCAAGCCGCACGCAACGUGUGGCCUAUGGCGAUGAUCACAGCUGUCUUUCCAGGGAGAGACAGCAAAGUAAGGAAGGUGGAGCUCAGGACAUCGGAUCAAGGUUCUCCGAAGGUGUUCCUAAGACCUGUGUCAGAAGUAGUUCUCCUUCUGCCAAAAGACUGUAGUUAAAGACAUUUAAAAGCUCAUAGUGACCUUUAAGGUCAGACGGGGAGUGUUCUGCCCUUCAGGCAUUUCAUUUGAAUUGAAUGCUUUAAAUUUGUGUUUCAUCCAGACUUUUAUUUUGACGUUGUAUUUUCGAGCUGCACAGGAAGCAGGAAGGAAAAUAGUUUAGAUCACGUUAGAAUGCGCGCGUAGAAAACGUUAGAAACGGCAGGUUGAUUGGGAGUGCAGACGGUCACUACCCCAGAGAAAGGCUUCUUGCAUGUUGGUUCCCCAGCAGAGGCAUCGCUUUUUCACUCUCUUUCAUCUUUUGAUCUCUUGAUCUUAUCUACAUGGAUUCAAUACAAUGUGAAGAAUGAAAAUAAAUCUACAAACAAGAAUUCAAGGCAUUCUUCAUGUUCAUGAAUAGAAGAGAGCGUUAGCUCACUGUCUAGUUGGAGUUAGCACACCCCACCGAGGACAGUACAAGGAGCGUAUGUCUCUAUCUAGCCGGCGCUUCUGGCGCGAAUUAUGCUGACCUUCCAGUCAAACCCUGGAAGAUAUCUUGGGUAUCCAUUGGUCAAUUUGGAUGAUUGACCCCUCUAUCGAACCGUUAGAGCCAAUAGAGUCGAGGGACAGUCAAAUCGAGGGACCCAAAUUCAUGUAAAAAAACACUAUUCACCAAUCAAAAGUAUCACAUUGUAUAACGUUUUUUAUUUGUUUAUUUAUUUUGCUCUUCUUUGGCUGCUAGUUCAGUGAGUUUUCGUCAUAGAGUGAUGACCGUUAUAUCAUUGGAAUCUGUGAAGCCUCAGCUUUCAUAUGACAUAUAGUUUGUUCGGGUGGCAUGAAGUAGCGAAAUCGGCGGCGGCCAGUAUGAGCACAUGCACGUUUUGCGUGUUUUGCUAUGGGCUCAUUUAGUUGCUUGGUGUUAGAAUUGUAUUUUGUUAAGGUAAAAAUGGUUAUCAUGGGCUUUUAGCCGAGCUUCUUCCCGUUACGUGGGUAUGCACCAUCGACAUGUUGGAGCAUGGUGGUGCUGUUUACAGCUGUUUACAGCACGCGUUGGGGCAGCUGCCCCCGCCCCCGGGGGCGCUCGGGUUU